AACAAUGGGAGUUUUUUAACAGUUUUUGGACUAUUUCGUGCUAAAUUAAGGUGAUAAGAACAAAUUCAAGACCCAAGAAGCUGGAUUGCGGUUAGAGCUGGAGCUGGGAUAAAUCUUCACUGAAAAAGCAGUCUGUAAAAAACCUGCAAAAACAUGUCGAAAAUUCCGGCGGCUCUGAAUUUGAAACAAUUUAUGCUAAGACAGGAAGUUCUUAAACUGUAUCGCACCAUAUUCCGGACGAUCCGCCAAGUACCGGAUGCCGGCACACGGCAGGAACUGCGUGAGUGGGCACGAUCGGACUUUCGCCUAAACCGCGGGCAAACGGACGAACUGGCCAUCAAGAUGCUGAUGCAACACGCCAACCGUACACUCAAGGAACUGCAAACCAGCCUCGAGCUCAGUGGAACGGGGUCGCCAAAGUCCAGCAAUCGGACCACCUGAUGCCAUUGUUUUUUUUACUGUUAUUUAUUGCCUCUUAAAUUUACAAAGAUUCUUAGUUCAAUAAAUUACUUCUCUAGUCUAUCCUAGAAACAGCAGCAGUCUAGCAUGAUCGAUAGAGUAACCACCUUUUCCCCAGGGCAGAUCG